UGGUGAGGCGAUCCAGUAGGCACGCCCAUUCUCCAGUCGGUCUUUUCUGGACUCCGCCAUCAGCAGGAAGGAGGCGGGACGAGCCGGAGGCCGCGUCCUAUGCGGAGCAGAUUUAUGGUCUGCAUUAUGUCUGGAGCCCGCACUGCGCCUGCUCUCUUCUUCCUCGGCUGUUCUGCGCUUGCGUUGGGCGUCAGCUCGGCCUCCCAGGAGCACCGCGAGGCCGAGUCCUACGUGGCUGGGGUGUACGAGCAUCGGUCUGUCCUGAGCCCGAACCCCCUGGAGCUCGUUAGCCGCCAGGAGGCCCUGGAGCUCAUGAAGCAGAACCUCGACGUCUAUGAACAGCAAGUGAUGGCUGCAGCCCAGAAGGGUGUGCAGAUUAUAGUGUUCCCAGAAGACGGUAUCCAUGGAUUCAACUUCACAAGAACAUCCAUUUACCCGUUCUUGGACUUUAUGCCAUCUCCCAAGCUGGUCAGGUGGAACCCGUGUUUGGAGCCCUUUCGGUUCAAUGACACGGAGGUCCUCCAGCGCCUGAGUUGUAUGGCCAUCAAGGGAAGGAUGUUCUUGGUGGCCAAUCUUGGAACGAAACAGCCUUGCCUCAGCAGCGACCCUGGCUGCCCACAGGACGGGAGAUACCAGUUUAACACAAAUGUGGUGAUUAGCGACAACGGAACCCUUGUCGACCGCUACCGUAAACACAACCUGUACUUCGAGGCGGCCUUUGAUACCCCUGCUAAUGUGGACCUCAUCACCUUUGAUACGCCCUUUGCUGGCAAGUUUGGCAUGUUCACUUGCUUUGACAUCCUGUUCUUUGACCCCGCUGUCCGACUCCUCAGAGACUUUGAGGUGAGGCACGUUGUGUACCCCACAGCCUGGAUGAACCAGCUGCCGCUCUUGGCAGCCAUUGAAAUUCAGAAAGCAUUCGCCACUGCCUUCGGUGUCAACGUGCUGGCAGCUAACAUCCACCACCCGACUCUGGGGAUGACCGGCAGUGGCAUACACACCCCUCUCAAGUCCUUUUGGUACCAUGACAUGGACGACCCCAAAGGUCACCUUAUAAUUGCCCAGGUAGCCACAAACCCACAGGGCCUCAAUGGGAUAGGGAAUACAACUAGUGAGAUGGACCGGUCCCAUAGACAGUUCUUAAAAAUCCUGUCUGGGGAUCCGUACUGUGAGAAGGAUGCCCAGGAAGUGCACUGUGAUGAGGCCGCCAAGUGGACCUUGAACGCGCCACCUACCUUCCACUCGGAGAUGAUGUAUGACAAUUUCACACUGGUCCCUGUCUGGGGAAAGGAAGGCCACCUGCAGGUGUGCUCCAACAGCCUCUGUUGCCACUUACUAUACGAGAGGCCCACCGUGUCCAAAGAGCUAUAUGCCCUGGGUGUCUUUGACGGACCCCACACCGUGCAUGGCACCUACUACAUUCAAACCUGUGCCCUGGUCAAGUGCGGGGGCCUGGGCUUCGACACCUGCGGGCAGGAGAUCACGGAGGCCGAGGGCUUGUUUGACUUUCAUCUGUGGGGGAACUUCAGCACUUUGUAUAUCUUUCCUUUAUUUCUCACCUCGGGGAUGACUCUGGACACCCCUGACCAGCUUGGGUGGGAGAAUGACCACUAUUUCUUGAGGAAGAGGGGACUGUCCUCUGGCCUGGUGACAGCAGCUCUCUAUGGACGGUUGUAUGAGAGGACGUAGGAAAACCGUGGUCAGCGGGGUGGGCUCUGGGGGACGGCCUGCCUUUCCAGGGCCACAGAUCCCAAGUGCUGGGAAAGCCACCCCUGUGGCACUGGCUCCCACCCUGGGGAAACUGUAAGAAAAUGGGAGGGGCAGUUCCUUCUUCCCUUCUACAUAAUGACUGAGACAUUUUUUGGUAUUUUCUAUUCACAUUAGUCUGUCAGGCCACACCCUCUUCCCACUACAGAAUUGGUUUUAAAUUGGAAGCCAGAAAAUAAACCUCAGUUGCUAUUUUACAAAUCCGCAGAA